AUGAUCGAUUACCAUCAUCAAAACACUGCGCUAGGAAUUGUGGUCGCAUUCCCUGUAUUAGGCGGGAUUGCUGUGCUUCUCCGAUGCUGGGCUCGGUAUUUAUCUCGAUCUGCGCUGACAAGUGAUGAUUAUUUGAUUCUUGCGGGUUAUAUCCUUGCAAUCUCGCAAUCAAUUACGGCAUGGUACUAUAUCAAGACGAAUUAUGUCGGUAUUCACAUAUGGGAUAUCCCAAAGGAUCAUGAUGUCCAACAGGAGUUAAUUUGGAACUAUGCCAACCAACUCCUCUACAACCCAUGCUUAACACUGAUCAAAUUGUCUAUCUUGAUGUUCCUACGACGACUGGACUCACGAUCCCGCGUCGUCCAAAUUCUCAUCUGGAUAUCACUAGCAGUGAUAAUCAGCCUAUUCAUCGCCGUCUUAUUCGUCGAUAUCUUCCAAUGCCACCCAAUCGCAUACAACUGGGAUAUGACCAUCAAAGGCGGAAAGUGCAUCGAACAAGGCGCAUUCUACGUCUCCACAGCGGCCCUCAACCUGUUCACGGAUCUAAUGGUGAUUUCAAUUCCCAUCAUCAUUACAUCCCGUCUACAAAUGCCCCUCCGACGAAAAAUCGCCGUAUGCAUCAUUCUAUGUCUAGGCGGAGUAGCAACGGCCGUCGGUGUCUGGCGAAUCGUCAUUCUAGCGGAAGCCUUCUUCCCCACUCAUGCACCCAAAGAUCCAACAUUCAGCAUCGGAUUCUGUAGCUCCGCCGUCGAAGUCAACGUUGCUGUUGUCACAGCCUGUGCUCCAUCAAUGAAAGCGAUCGCAGGUAAAUACUUGCCUCGUCUACUUGGUACAUCACGUCAUGAUGAGUUGAGCUUUGGUACAACCAGUGGAGGAUCAAUCGGCAAGUUCAAGCCCUCGCGAUUUUUUGGCAGUAAGCGGUCGCAGGGAUAUUCGAAUGAUGACGAUGAUGGGUAUGAGAUGGCGGAUCCGAGGGGAGGACAUAAGGUUGAUGUUGUUGGGGCUGGAGAUUUUGAGUGGAAAAAGUAUAAGCGGGGAGAUGAUACUCCGUCUAUGUCGUGUGGGAGUCGGGAGGAUGUUGAUGGAAUUGUGAAGACUACGGAUGUUUCUGUUAAGUAUAGUUCGUCGCAUGCGGAGGAUGGUCGGUCGCGCGAUGAGAGACAUCGGAGUGAAGAUAGUUUGGUUUGA